AGAGCUGGGGAGUAUGAAAAGUUGUGUAUCUCUGAUUUAGUUAAGUUUAUAAGGUGCAUAAGUCUAUACCCUGCCAUCAGAAAGGAAGAAUCAUCCUCAUCCAACUUGCUUAACUGGUUCAAUGACAGAGCAGAAAUAAGAGGAAAAUUUCCCAGUGGCUUAUAUGUCUUCUGAUGACUAGUUAACACAUGAGCCGAGUUGGUAGCAACUGGAAGUUUUUCUGUUUGUGAAAUACAGAUUCGUUGUGAUUUCAGUAGCAGUUCCCACUAGGUAUGUGAUGAAAACCAAGACCACAACUAGCCCCUUGGCAUCUGCAGUGGAAGAGCUAAAGAGGCUGAACCCUCCAAGCCCUGUUGCAGGUCAUUUCUUGUAAAAGUGAAGGCAUAGUGAUAGGACUGCAGAGAAACUCACUCUGCUCUUGGUCUCAGACUGGACUGACUGACUCAGUUCCCUCGGCACCUUUCAAUGGCCACUAAAACUGAUCCUAGCUUUUAAAAAAAUCAAACAGAAUUGGAAACAAAAAGAGAUUUGCUCUGUCAAUUUCUCUUAGGUGAGCAUUCCUUACGCUGCUGGCAGUAACCUGGACACAGGGAAGAUGGCAAUGGGCUGAAUUUUCUAAACUGUUCUGAAUCUCCCUUCCAUUUGCUUCUGUGCAGGUGAAAACACUGGAAGCAGCUCCUAGCGCUUCCUUGGGCAUUGGCUAUGGCUGUACCUAUAGCAGUUCUCGACUGUGACCUCUUGCUGUAUGGCCGUGGACAUAGGACAUUGGAUCGCUUCAAGCUGGAGGAUGUCACUGAUGAGUAUCUGAUGUCCAUGUAUGGCUUUCCCCGACAAUUCAUUUACUAUCUGGUGGAUCUUCUGGGAGCCAGCCUCUCUCGCCCUACACAGCGGUCCAGGGCCAUCAGUCCAGAGACACAGAUUCUUGCUGCAUUAGGUUUUUAUACUUCUGGUUCCUUUCAGACUAGGAUGGGAGAUGCCAUUGGCAUCAGCCAGGCCUCCAUGAGCCGCUGUGUUGCCAAUGUCACCGAGGCACUGGUGGAAAGAGCCUCACAAUUCAUUCAUUUUCCAGAGGAUGAAGCCUCAAUGCAGAGCCUGAAGGAUGACUUCUAUAGCCUGGCAGGGAUCCCAGGAGUGCUAGGGGUGGUUGACUGCACCCAUGUGGCAAUCAAAGCACCAAAUGCUGAGGACCUGUCCUAUGUGAACCGAAAGGGCCUGCACUCUUUAAACUGCCUGAUGGUUUGUGAUGCCAGAGGAGUACUUCUGAGUGUAGAGACACACUGUCCGGGCAGCCUGCAAGACUGCACUGUGCUACAGCAGGCAGCCCUUACCAGCCAGUUUGAAGCUGGGCUGCACAAAGAUGGAUGGUUGCUUGGUGACAGCUCCUUCUUUCUCCGAACAUGGUUAAUGACACCUCUGCAUAUCCCCGAGACCCCUGCAGAAUACCGUUAUAACAUGGCACAUUCUGCCACUCACAAUAUAAUUGAGCGGACAUUCAGAACCAUUAGAUCACGGUUUCGUUGUCUGGAUGGGUCCAAAGGCACUCUGCAAUAUUCUCCAGAGAAGUCCAGCCACAUUAUUCUGGCCUGCUGCGUGCUUCAUAAUAUCUCUCUGGAACAUGGGUUAGAUGUGUGGUCUACCCCAGCAACAGGACAGAUGGAACAACUAGAGGAGGAAUAUGAGCAAAUGGAAUCUAUGGACUCUGAAGCCUAUAAUAUCCGCCAGGAGCUUUUACUUACUCAUUUUAGCUAAUACAUUGAGAAAUGAGAGACCUUUAAAGAGGGACCUGAAAAAAACAUGGGAGCAAUAUACUCAUCCUUUCCUUUAACUUAGUAAAAUGAAGGACUAGGGCAAGCAUGGAAGAAGGAGAAACAGCACUGAAAAAUUUACUCUGGGUUUUAUACAAUAUUAGACUCUUGAUUCCUUUGUAAAUACUGUAUUUGAUCCUUAAGUUCUCUAUACUCUAGCCUAUGCAGACCCCAGAUUCCCACCUGGUUUAGAGGUGCCAGGAAUGUGAUUUACUGGGAAAUAAUUUUCUGAUAGUUAUGACAAGUCUCUAUACAUUACAAAAACAACAAAACUAUGUCACUCUAUUAUUAUAGUGGUCCAGCCUGUCCAUGCUUAGUGAGUUUUAAACAAUUUCCAAAUCUUUUGGGGUAAGUUUUCAGCUGGGCCCCUCCCUAGUCUCAACCUGUGCACAUGUGAAAACAUUAAAACACUUACUUACACUUGCAGUUUGCCCAUGCUAACACUUACUAUACAUCUUUCAACCACCUUUUAAAUAUUCUGACACCAGUACACAUGGAAGUGUUCAACUCUGCAUGCACAAAACCCACUGGCCCUGGUGCAAAUGUUAACACUUGCACAGGCAAGGAGUUAGAUUAUUUCAAAGGGCACAUGCAUUGUGUGCAGAUGCCCAAGUAAUAGCUAAGGGCUGAACAUUGGUUUCCUUAAAAACAUUAAUCUAAAGUGAAACUUAAGGGGAAAAGAGAGGUCCUAACAUAAGCUACCUGACAUACAAUGGGAAAUAAGAUGGCAUACUUAACUCUGGUUCCUACUGAAUACUCACCCAUCAC